AUGGAAGGUAGGAGCGACUGGCUCGCUUCCUCGUCCCGCCAUGAGGGCUUCGAGCAGAUGAGGCUAAAGAGCAGACCCAGGGAGCCCUCGCCCAGCCUGACCCGAGUGGGCUCCAACUUCUACAGCGCUGUCAAGCAGCAGGACUACAGUGCCAGCGUCUGGCUGAGGCGGAAAGACACAUUGGAGCAUUCACAGCAAAAAUGCAUUGUGAUCUUUGCCCUGGUUUGCUGCUUUGCAAUUCUGGUUGCAUUGAUAUUUUCUGCUGUGGAUAUUGUGGGAGAAGAUGAGGAUGGACUCUCAGAAAAGAGCUGUCAAAAGAACUGUCGGGUUGCUCUUGUGGAAAACAUUCCUGAAGGCAUAAACUAUUCAGACAGUGCACCAUCCCAUUUGUCUCUUUUCCAAGGAUGGAUGAAUUUACUUAAUAUGGCUAAAAAGUCUGUUGAUAUAGUUUCUUCCCAAUGGGACCUCAGUCCCAGUCAUCCAUCUGCAUGCCAGGGGCAACAUCUUUUUGAGAAACUGCAGGAUCUCUUGUCUGAAAAUAUUGAGCUUAAACUGGUGAGCGAUAUUCUUCCAAUGAAAUCAAAGGUAUUACACAACUUGAAAAAAAGGGGUGCUGAAGUGAUGUAUAUAAAUAUGACUGCUUAUAAUAAAGGCCAUCUUCAGUCAUCUUUCUGGAUUGUGGAUAAACAGCAUGUAUACAUUGGAAGUGCUAGUUUGGAUUGGCAAUCAUUGGGACAGAUGAAAGAGCUUGGUGUUGUCUUCUACAACUGCAGCUGCUUGGUGGCAGAUUUACAAAGAAUAUUUGCCUUGUACAGUUCAUUAAAGAACAAGAGCAAAGUGCCACCUACUUGGUCUAAGAGAUUGUAUGCCGUAUAUGAUACACAAAACAAACUGACUCUUAACUUAAAUGAAACCCAGUCAAAAGCCUUUGUGUCGAUUUCUCCCAAGCUUCUGUGCCCUAAGGACAGAGUCUUGGAUAUUGAUGCUAUCUACAGUGUUAUUGAUGAUGCCCAGCAGUUUGUGUAUGUAGCUAUUAUGGAGUACCUGCCUAUAGUCAGAGACCAUAAUGAAACAAGGUAUUGGCCAUAUUUGGAUGGGAAGAUAAGAGAAACACUAAUUUUACGCAAAAUUAGAGUACGACUCCUCAUAAGUUAUUCAAAAGAAACAGAUCCACUGACAUUAAACUUUGUUUCAUCUCUUAAAGCAAUUUGUCCUGAAGUUUCUGGUUGUAAUUUAAAAGUUAAAUUCUUUGAUCUUGAAGAAGAAAGUGCUUGCUUUUUCAAGGAACAGAAAAAUACUUCCCUUCUUAAAAUCAAUCGCAAUAAAUAUGUAGUGACUGAUAGAGCUGCUUAUAUUGGUAAUUUUGACUGGGUUGGGACCUAUUUUAAUCAAAAUGCUGGAGCUGGGCUUGUUAUCAACCAGGCAGACAACGGGAACAAAACCAGCAUCAUCAAGCAACUUAAAGCUGUGUUUGAAAGGGAUUGGUAUUCACAUUAUGCUAAAAAUUUCCCACCAACAAAACAUCCCAACUGUUUAAGCUACAAGCGUAACAAAGCAGCAGCCAAUAAGACUGCCAUGAGUAAUGAAAACUGA